GUCUCCUGCAGGUCACAUGGUACGGGCCUUUGUUGAUGUGAUCCGGGGGAGAAAGACCAGGAGCCCAGAGAAAAAGGAUAGAAAAGUCCCGUUUCUGCCCACCGAUCGUUUCCGUCCAGGCUUCCCCGGCGCCCAGACGCUCCCGCCCGGCCUGGAUGCUGCAGCUGCGGCCCCUCCGGAGCUCCACCUGGGUCUGUUGUUCCGCGGCGCCCCGCGGUCGCUUCUUGUGCCCGCCGGUUUGAGCAGCGGGGGCUGGGGGAUGGAGGCUGUGUCCGGGCUGUGAGGUGUGGGGGUCGGUGUGUGUGCAGCCCCCCCUCCAGGCCCUCUGCUGCUUUGUUGUCCCUGGCUGUGCUUUAAAGCCCUCCUCCAGGCUUCCUGCAGCCUGCUUCUCCUGGAAACCCAGAGGACCUUUAGGGAAACGAAUGGACACAAAGAGGAUCUGAGGAUUUCAUUUAGACGCUGAUCUUUUCUUCUUUUUGAAGAACAUUCCUUCUUAACCUUUGAAACCAGUUUCUCUCAAACCUUCCCAUUCAUCCUUCAGUGGAUCUCUCCUUACUCCUCCCUCUAUCCGUCCAUCAUGGCUCCUGUGCUCCGGCUCUCCUGGUUCUGCUGCCUGCUGCUUCUGUUGGGUCUCCCCGCAGCUCGGAGCUCGUUCCCCCGGAGCGGUGGCGGCGGAAGCGCGGAAUGCGGCCCCGGAAAGACCGCGGAUUGUCCAGAUUUUUCAGACAAGAAGAGUGACCUGCGUGUCUGCGACGCUGGAACGUGUCGUUUCGGAGGGACGUGCCGCGAGAACGGAGCCGACAUCAAGUGCGUCUGUCAGUUCCAUUGCAGUAAGAAGUACGUCCCUGUGUGUGGCUCCAAUGGAGACACGUACCAGAAUGAGUGCUUCCUCAGGAGAGCCGCCUGCAAAAAGCAAAGAGCCAUUAGCAUCGUGUCAGACGGAGCCUGUUACCACGAUGGAGCUUCUGGGUCUGGAGAUGGAGACGAUGAAGGCUCUGGUCGGGGGAAGAAGGCCUCCAAAUGUGGAAACUGCAAGUUUGGAGCUGAAUGUGACGAAGACUCCGAGGACUUACUCUGCAUGUGCAACAUAGUGUGCAACGGACACAACGACAACCCGGUGUGCGGCAGCGACGGCCUCACCUACGACACGCCGUGCCACGUCCGCGAGGCGUCCUGCCUCAAACAGCUCAAGAUCGACAUCAAACAUGUCGGACGCUGCCAAGAUAAAAGCAGGAAAGAUGACGGCCUGAAGGGAAAACCAGACAUCUAUGCUGUAUCCAAGCCUGACCAGCGCGAUGGUUUUCUGGACGGCGCUUUGCCCUGCCCUGAGGAUUACGCCCAGUUCUGUGAACACGGCCAGUGUGAGAUGAGACACAAUCUGCCCACAUGCAGGUGUGACGCAGCGUACGGCGGCCCUCAGUGUGACCAGCUGUUGGAUUUUAACAUCCUGUAUGUGGUGCCCAGCGGCCAGAAGCUGCACUACGUCCUCAUCGCCGCCAUCAUCGGAGCAGUCCAGAUCGCUGUCAUCGUUGCCGUGGUGAUGUGCUUUACCAGGAGGUGCAACAAGUCAAAGCGCGGCCGCAGACAGAAGCAGCACCUGGGCCAUUUCUCAUCAGGGACGUCCUCCCGGAUGAUGUAGCCACUGUCAUUUUUUCCCUCAUCAUGUUUUUAUAUAAAAAUCCAACCCGUCCAAUUUUUCGUACCACACAGACAGACUGCAGUUUUAUAUAUCGACUUCCCGGUGCCUCGGUUAUUAUUUCCGUCCCUUUUUUAAUGUAUAUGAGUUGAGAUUUUUUAAAGGGGCCUUAUUUGUAAGAUUUCCUUUCAUAUUUCCUUGUUUUUUUCUGCUGAUCUGAGUUAACCGUGUCUCUGUCCAGCUGCUUCACGCUCUGAACACUGUGGAUCCAACAGGAAGCAGAAAUGUAUUUAUCUGAUUGUAUCAUUACUGCAUAGUCAUCAUCAGGCUUCUUCUGUUUUGCCCUGUGGGACGCAUGCUGACGCUGUGUAACUGGGUUGCUUUGCCUUUACCUUCAGAAUCGUAUUUCUAACUGUUUUUAUGGCCUAAAAGAGGCAACAUAGUGAAGCUAGGA